UACGAAGACUUGCACAACAUCUUCAGCUUUUCCCUCGUUGAAAUGAAAAUGGGUUCUUCUUUGUGGACUUUGUGUCUAAUUUUGGCUUCACUAGCCUCUUCUGCAUUCUGUGCCUUUCCACGGAGGCCAGUGGAUGUUCCAUUCGGCAGAAACUACGUUCCCACUUGGGCUUUUGAUCACAUCAAAUACUUCAAUGGAGGUUCUGAGAUUCAACUUCAUCUUGACAAGUACACUGGUACUGGCUUCCAGUCCAAAGGGUCAUACUUGUUUGGUCACUUCAGCAUGAACAUAAAGAUGGUUCCUGGCGAUUCAGCUGGCACAGUCACUGCUUUUUAUUUAUCUUCUCAAAAUGCGGAGCACGAUGAGAUAGAUUUUGAGUUCUUGGGGAACAGAACAGGACAACCUUACAUUUUGCAAACAAAUGUGUUCACCGGAGGCAAGGGUGACAGAGAGCAAAGAAUCUUUCUCUGGUUUGAUCCCACAAAAGCAUACCACAGAUACUCUGUGCUGUGGAACAUGUAUCAAAUUGUGUUCCUAGUGGAUAACAUCCCAAUAAGGGUGUUCAAAAACCUAAAGGGCUUGGGAGUGAAGUUCCCCUUUGACCAACCCAUGAAGGUGUACAACAGCUUGUGGAAUGCUGAUGACUGGGCCACAAGGGGUGGUUUGGAGAAAACAGAUUGGUCCAAAGCACCCUUCAUAGCAGAAUACAAAGGGUUCCACGUUGAUGGGUGUGAAGCUUCAGUGAAUGCAAAGUUCUGUGCUACACAAGGCAAGAGGUGGUGGGAUCAAGCACAGUAUCAUGAUCUUGAUGCUUCUCAAUGGAGAUGGCUCAGGUGGGUGCGCAGGAAAUACACCAUCUACAACUACUGCACUGACAGAAGCCGCUACCCUCAGCUUCCACCUGAAUGUAGAAGAAACCGUGACAUUUAAAUUCACAUGUAGUACUAUGUUUAUGGUUGCUACCAUAAGUUUCUUAUUGUAUUAUUGAUUCAUCAUUUACCAUAUACUUUAUUCCUACCAUUAUUUAUUAUCAUUGUAUUGUUUGAGCUGUGUAAUUGAGGAGUGAGGUUUGAAUACAGAGCAGAGCCUCUAUAAUAAAAUUAUAUAUGUUGUGUAAUUCUACUUUA